CUGGAGGCCGCCGUGCGUCUGAGCAGCCGCUACGUUACCGACCGUUUUCUUCCUGACAAGGCCAUCGACUUCAUCGACGAAGCAGCCAGCAAGGUUCGCAUCGACGCCGGCACACUCCCCCAGCAGGUGCAGGAGAUGGAGAACAAACGGCGCCAGCUGGAAGACCUGGAACUCCGGGCCAACCAAAUGGGCGACUACGAACGGGCCGCUGAACACCGCACCGAGCGCCUCCGCAUUGAGAGUCAUUGA